GAAAAGGAGUGCUCACGUGACAGGAAGAAGUAUGCGUUUGGGCGCAAAGGGUUGCGUGCUGGUGGCCCGAACUUUGGGAGCCUGGGGCUGCAAGCCGGUUAGGUUCUGUUACCGUGGCAACAGCCAGGAAUUCCGCAGGGACCAGCGCGAGAAGAGCGCCGAGCCUGUCGCUGCUUUUCGCCGGGAGCAAGAGCAGCAAUGGAAGGAGCGCAACAGGACGGUGCUCACCUAUCUGGCGGCCGGGGUCGUGGGCAUGGCAGGCUUAUCCUACGCAGCCGUGCCGCUCUAUCGCCUUUAUUGCCAGGCUACUGGGCUUGGUGGGUCAGCUUUAGAUGGUCAUAGUUCAGAGCAGAUUGAGACUAUGGAGCCUGUAAAAGACCGCAUCAUUAAAGUCACAUUCAAUUCAGAUGUACAUUCAAGUCUUCAGUGGAACUUCAAGCCUCAGCAGACUGAAGUUUAUGUGGUUCCAGGAGAAACUGCACUGGCCUUUUAUAAAGCAAAGAAUCCCACUGAUAGACCAAUAAUUGGAAUAUCUACCUACAAUGUACUACCACCUGAGGCUGGACAAUAUUUCAAUAAGAUACAGUGCUUUUGUUUUGAAGAACAAAGACUCAAUCCUCAUGAGGAAGUGGACAUGCCAGUAUUUUUCUUCAUUGAUCCUGAAUUUGUAGAAGACCCAAAGAUGGAGAGAGUUAAUUACAUUACUCUUUCUUACACUUUUUUUGAAGCCAAAAUAGGAUAUAAACCACCGCUUCCAGGUUAUAAUUAACAGUACAAUAUGUAGAUUCUACAUUGGAGUUCUCUCUUCAGUACUCUAUUGAUACUCCACUGACUAUGUAAAAGUAACUACUUUAAGCCCAGGAAGAUGCUGAAUAUUUCAGGCAUUAUGUUUUAUUUCCUGAAUAUGCACUGAUGUGUCUUCUCUUUGGAGAUGUGAUUAAUCUUCAUUUUAAAACCAAAUUAAGAAUACAAAGAAAUGGAAACAGCUGAUUUUGUUUACUUCUGUCUCUUUCAUUUACAGGAGGAUCUAUCCAAUUGCUA